CGCCGGGCCUGGAGCCCCCGGACCCCAUCGGGCCGCCCGCCCUCGACGGCGAGGUGCAGUCUCACGAGGUGGCGAUGCACCACCCGCCGGGGCAGCGCCUGCAGAUGUCCGUGCACAAGCAGCUGGAGCAGCUGGUCAGUCGGCUGUGCGACAGGGACCGCGGCCGGAACCACUUCUUCGAGCUGCACAACCCUCCCAUCACGGAGGAAGACUUGAUGCCCACCAUGGCGCCGGAGACGGCCCUCUCGCUCAGGGACAUCCUGCCCAUCAACCCCAAGAACUACGACAAGAACCGGGCGCCGAAGCUGGCGGGGCAGCCCACCAUCGUGUACUUCCACGUCACCGUGCUGUCGCUGGACUCCAUCAACGAGGAGUCCAUGACGUACGUGGCCGACAUCUUCCUGGCGCAGUCCUGGCGCGACCCUCGCCUCCGACUGCCCGAGAACAUGAGCGAGGAGUACCGCAUCCUGGACGUGGAGUGGCUGCACGACAUCUGGAGGCCCGACUGCUUCUUCAAAAACGCCAAGAAGGUCACCUUCCACGAGAUGAGCAUCCCCAACCACUACCUCUGGCUCUACCAUGACAAGACACUGCUCUACAUGUCCAAGCUCACACUGGUGCUGUCGUGUGCUAUGAAGUUCGAGUCUUACCCUCACGACACUCAAAUAUGCUCAAUGUCAAUAGAAAGUUUAUCCCAUACGGUGCACGACCUGGUGUUCAUCUGGAACAUGACGGACCCCCUGGUGGUGAACCCCGAGAUCGAGCUGCCGCAGCUGGACAUCUCCAACAACUACACCGCGGACUGCACCAUAGAGUACUCCACCGGCAACUUCACCUGCCUGGCGGUCGUCUUCAACCUGCGGCGGCGCCUCGGCUACCACCUGUUCCACUCGUACAUCCCCUCGGCCCUCAUCGUCAUCAUGUCCUGGAUCUCCUUCUGGAUCAAGCCGGAGGCCAUCCCCGCGCGCGUCACCCUGGGCGUCACCUCGCUGCUCACGCUGGCGACGCAGAACACCCAGUCGCAGCAGUCCCUGCCCCCCGUCUCGUACGUCAAGGCCAUCGACGUGUGGAUGUCGUCGUGCUCCGUGUUCGUCUUCCUCUCCCUCAUGGAGUUCGCCGUCGUCAACAACUACAUGGGCCCCGUGGCCACCAAGGUCAUGAAGGGCUACUCGGAGGACGACAUCCAGGCCGCGGUGGAGGACAUGAAGGGGCUGGAGCCCGGCGCGCGCAGCCCGCUCCGCGCGCAGUCCGUGCCCACCGUGCCACAGUACGACACGUGCUGCAACGGCCGCGAGACGGCGCUGUACAUCGACAAGGCCUCGCGGUUCUUGUUCCCCUUCGCCUUCUUCAUCCUCAACAUCGCCUACUGGUCCACCUUCUUGUAGACCAACCCAACGCUGUUACACUGUUAACGGGCUCGUUGUGUUCAUGUUCAUGUUCACCCUGCUCCCACAGUGGGCCAGAAGACCGAUGGAGGCGGUCAAAAUCCUGGACGCGUUUUGAGCUCCAGAGUCGCU